CAAAUAAAACUCUGGGUAACUUCAAAUGAGCACAUUGUUCUUUUCCAAACCACAACAAGUUGAUUUCGAAAAUGAUGAAAACACGCUUAUUGAUGAUGCUCUGCUUUUCACUGCUUUUCGUAAGAAGUCAUGGGGAAGUCGAUGAAUUCGACAAAGGCACCCAUGGAGGUCAUGGUGUUAAAUCCCAUGGUACCUCUGGCGGUGACCAUGGAGGAGCUGGAUACGGUGGUCAGAAAGGUGGUGCCGUUUCCUCUGGAUAUGAUAGAGGUUUCAGUUAUGGAAAAGGACAUGAUACGGGAAAAACUGUGAAAAUAGAGGAUGAAAAUUAUGGUGGUAAAGGAUAUGGUGAUAAGGAAUUUAGGAACUUUGACCUAGGUGGAUUAGGUUAUGGAGGAUUAGGAGUAGGAGGUUUCCGAGUUCCUUUCUUUUUUCUUGGAUAAAUGUCUUGUGAAUUCUAAAAAUCUUUAUUGAUUUUAUUUCUAAUAAUGCUAUUUUUCAUCUGUAUUCAUGUUUGCUUAGAACAAAUGUAUACAAGUUGUACAAUAAGUAGAGUUUUGAUUUUAUUAAAGAUUUAAUUGCUUUGAAUUUUA